AUUGUAUGUACACUUCUAGAAUCCUCUACCCUCACCCUUAAACCCCUUUCUCCACAUUUCAGGGUUUUUACACAAACCCUCAAGAAUUCUUAGCCCAACCCCUUUAUCCAUACACACACACAAACACACAGUGAAAAAAACUCACAGAAACUUCAAGAAUCAUUUGUGGUUUUUUUCUCAAAUAGUUUAGAUAAUGGCCCCUGUAGUAAGCAGGAGUUUGACUUCUUCACCUAUGGCUUCAGUGCCUUACAGUCCUUCUUUUGUAUUGGGGAGUGGUAGUACCAAUAGGGUCUGUCUUAAAAGUACUUUCUUGCCUAGGAAUAAUAUCAAGAAUGGAUUUUUACAAUCUGGGUUGAGGUGGAAACAGGAUAAAAGAGAUGUUGGAGUAGUGGUUAGGUGUGAGGCUUCUGCUGUAGCUGAAAAAGAAGCUUCUGAGACUUCUGGGGAGACCCAUGAGUAUCAGGCUGAGGUCAGUCGCCUAUUAGACUUGAUUGUUCAUAGUCUAUACAGUCACAAGGAGGUUUUCUUGCGAGAGCUUGUGAGUAAUGCUAGUGAUGCCCUUGAUAAGUUGAGAUUUCUGAGUUUGACGGAGCCCUCUUUACUUGGAGAUUCUAGUGAGCUAGAGAUUCGCAUCAAAUCUGAUCCAGACAAUGGGACUAUUACUAUAACGGAUACUGGUAUUGGAAUGACCAAAGAGGAGCUCAUAGACUGUCUUGGGACUAUUGCCCAAAGUGGUACCUCAAAAUUCUUGAAGGCACUUAAGGAAAAUAAAGACCUUGGAGCUGACAAUGGAUUGAUUGGUCAAUUUGGUGUUGGUUUCUAUUCUGCAUUUCUUGUUGCUCAGAAGGUUGUAGUUUCCACGAAGAGCCCAAGGUCAGAUAAACAGUAUGUUUGGGAGGCGGAGGCUGACAGUAGCUCAUAUGUCAUCAGAGAGGAAACUAAUCCUGAAAAUCUUCUACCUCGAGGAACACAAAUUACACUUUUUUUGAGGGACGAUGACAAAUACGAGUAUUCUGAGCCCAAGAAGAUCCAAGAUUUGGUGAAGAAUUAUUCACAGUUUGUAUCUUUUCCAAUUUACACGUGGCAGGAGAAAUCAAGAACAAUUGAGGUAGAGGAAGAGGAAGAACCAAAGGAAGGAGAAGAAAAACCAGAGGAAGAAAAGAAAAUGACAAAGAAGACCAAAACUGAGAAGUACUGGGAUUGGGAGUUGACGAAUGAGACAAAACCUAUAUGGAUGCGGAAUCCAAAAGAAGUUGAGAAAGAACAGUACCAGGAAUUCUACAAGAAAACUUUUAAUGAGUUCUUGGAUCCCCUUGCCCACACUCACUUCACUACAGAGGGUGAGGUGGAGUUUAGAAGUGUCUUGUAUAUACCUGGAAUGGCUCCUCUUAACAAUGAAGAUGUCGUAAAUCCCAAGACGAAGAACAUACGCUUGUAUGUGAAGCGUGUCUUUAUUUCUGAUGAUUUUGAUGGGGAGUUGUUUCCUAGGUACCUGAGCUUUGUUAAAGGAGUGGUGGACUCAAAUGACCUUCCUCUUAAUGUUUCACGAGAAAUUCUUCAGGAGAGCCGAAUUGUUCGGAUAAUGAGAAAGAGACUAGUGAGAAAAACAUUCGACAUGAUUCAGGAUCUCUCUGAAAGUGAGAACAAGGAGGAUUACAAAAAAUUCUGGGAGAACUUUGGAAAAUUUGUGAAGUUGGGAUGUAUUGAAGACACUGGUAAUCACAAGCGAAUAACCCCAUUACUGAGAUUCUUUUCUUCCAAGAGUGAAGAAGAAUUGAUAAGCUUAGAUGACUAUGUUGAGAACAUGGGCGAAAAUCAGAAAGCCAUUUACUAUUUGGCUACUGAUAGCUUACAGAGUGCCAGGACUGCUCCUUUCUUGGAGAAGUUGGUUCAGAAGGGUAUUGAGGUGUUGUACCUCGUUGAACCAAUAGAUGAGGUGGCUAUCCAGAAUCUACAAACAUACAAGGAAAAGAAGUUCGUUGACAUAAGCAAAGAGGACCUGGAGCUUGAUGAUGAUGAUGAGGUGAAAGACAGGGAAGCCAAACAAGAGUACAAUCUUCUAUGUGAUUGGAUAAAACAACAGUUGGGUGAUAAGGUGGCAAAAGUACAAGUUUCAAAGCGUUUAAGCACAUCACCAUGUGUGCUUGUAUCUGGAAAGUUUGGUUGGUCUGCCAACAUGGAAAGAUUGAUGAGAGCACAAACCUUGGGAGACACUUCAACCCUGGAAUUUAUGAGAGGCAGAAGAAUAUUGGAGGUUAAUCCCGACCAUCCAAUCAUCAAAGACCUAAAUGCUGCAUGCAAAAAUUCACCCGAUAGUUCUGACGCCAAGCGGGCUGUGGAACUGCUGUUUGACACCGCAUUGAUCUCCAGUGGAUUUACUCCUGAUAGUCCAUCUGAGUUGGGUGGCAAGAUCUACGAGAUGAUGGCCAUGGCUCUUGGAGGAAGAUGGGGACGAUUCGAGGAAGAAGAGACAGAGGCAUCAGAAGAAGCAUCAACCGAGUCAGAUGCAAGCUCUGCUGAAGUGGUAGAGCCACAAGUCGUCGAGCCAUCUGAAGUAAGGACCGAGAGCAACGAUUAUUGGGAGUGAUUCAUAAAGUGUUUCUCUAUCUUAUUUAGGCUUUCUUUCCUGCAUGUCAUA